AUGUAUGAUCAAAAAUCAAUUGAAGAUAAAUUUUCAAAGAUACAUCCAUGUUUUCCAGUGAACACAAGAAUAGCUAUAGUAGGAGCAGGUCCGAGUGGAAUAUCAGCAGCUUAUGCAUUGUGUAAUCUUGGCUACAACAAUGUGACAGUAAUCGAAAAACAUCACUCAGUCGGUGGCAUGUGUGAAUCUGUUGAUAUUGAAGAUCCUGAAAAUGGAGUGCUGCAAUUGAGUGAACUUGAAAAGGAGUUGUUCAGUCAAGUACAGACCAUCGACUAUUACACGACGGUUCUGAAGAUUAAAGGACUAGAACACAUACCAGUUGGAUUUUAUUACUUUGAGGAGUUUAUGGAUGAUCCUGCAACAAUAGGAAAUCCAGUUGCCAUGCAGAGAUUCUAUUCCGAUACAAACGUCUUCUUGUUCUGGUCUUAUGGUAACUCAGCCAACGUCAAAGGUUCAACAGUUUUACAGCUUGCGGUUGAUGCUGUCAAAAGAAUUGGAGGUGAAGUUGAAAUGGUUGUCCUGCAACGACGAUUCAAGUAUUUUCCUAAUGUAAAUAGCCAAGAUAUGAAGGACGGUUUCUAUGACAAAAUAGAAAACAAAUUACAAGGUCAGAAGAACACUUAUUAUGUAGGUGGAUUAAUGGCAUUUGAGCUUACUGAAAGAAAUUCAUCCUAUUCCAUGGCUUUAAUUUCCAAGCACUUUGCAAAUACUGAUCCACAACCGGGAUUUCCUUAUGUUAAGGUACUCGAAACAGAAAAUGACUUAAAUACUGCAGAUUAAGUUGCAUUUGAA